GGCUGAACGGGAAAUCAUCCAGGCGCUACGCAAAACACAAACAGAUCACCGGGACUGAGCAGCCACAACACUAAAUGAACACGGAAAAGCGGGACAGACAGACGCCCAGGACGCCCCGGCGCUGCGCCACAGAGCCAGGUAACUUCCACGUGGUUCAGUUAUUUGAACGCCAGUUUGAACUGCGUCAGUCGGCACAGUUAGAAACCACAGAGGCGUUCCAACACCAGCCGUUGCGGCAGAGGAAGAGGCUGACGCGCUCCCGGGCUGCGGAGCAGCUGCCCAGCCACGCCGAACCCUCGCAGGGCGAUGCUCGAGGAGCCCCGAGACGCUGAGACAGGUUCCUGAUCUGCCGGCAGCAAACCAGCCUGCACGAGAAGCUCACCAUGGCCAGCAAUGCCUCGCAGUGCCUCGUCUGGGAGGAGAUGGAACCUUUCACCUACUUUUACUACUUGAUUUUUCUAAUGGGAUUUAUUGGAAGUUGUUUCGCACUGUGGGCAUUCACACAAAAAGAUCAGAAGCAGAAGCCUAUGAGCAUCUACUUAAUUAACCUCUUAACAGCGGACUUUUUGUUGACUUUGGCGUUGCCAGUGAAGAUCAUUGUUGACCUAGGAGUCGCAUCCUGGAAACUGAGGAUAUUCCACUGUCAGGUCACAGCCUGUUUCAUCUACCUGAACAUGUACUUAUCGAUUAUAUUUUUGGGGUUUGUGAGCAUGGAUCGUUGCCUUCAGCUAAUGCACAGUUGUAAGAUCUACCGCAUCCAGGAGCCUGGCUUCGCCAAGAUGUUGUCUGCAGUCGUGUGGACAAUGGUUCUCCUCAUCACGGUGCCCAACAUGGCGAUCCCGAUAAAAACCAUUGAAGAGAGACCCGGGGCAGGAUGCAUCGAUUUCAAAUCGAAAUUCGGAAGGGACUGGCACGUGUUAACUAAUUUCAUAUGCACAGCGAUAUUCCUGAACUUUUCAGCUGUGAUACUGAUCUCCAAUUUCCUCGUCAUCCGACAGCUCUACCGCAACAAAGACAGCGAGGGCUACGGCAGCGCAAGGAAAGCCCUGCUCAGCAUCCUGCUGGUGAGCGCGGGGUACGUGCUGUGCUUCGUGCCCUACCACGUGGUGCGCAUCCCCUACACGCUCAGCCAGAGCGACGCCAUCGCCAGCUGCCCGCUGAAGCGCGCCCUCUUCAUAGCCAAAGAGUCCACGCUGCUGUUCGCCGUGUCCAGCCUCUGCUUCGACCCCAUCCUCUACUACCACCUCUCCAAAUCCUUCCGGCUGAAAUUCACCGAGGCGUUUGCGGCACCCCCGCAGGAGAAGGCUUUCACGGCCGCGGGGGUGCGGCAGAGCGGGGAGCAGAACCCAACGUGCUGACCCUAAAGCCUGUUGGAAGGGUGUGCGAGCCCAUGGCUGCCGCGGCCAACGGCACCGCCGCGGAGCCUGCCCACGCAUGAGAAACCCAGCAAGCCCACGGCCUGCGACACGCGCACGGCGCAGGCCGGGACCCGCGGAACGUGCCGUGACACCUCCAGACCCGGCUCACGCCGCGGUGACCCCGCGCGGAGCAGCGGCGCUGCAGGACACAGCGCGGUCACGCAGCCUGCACCCGCAAAACCACCUCAGCCGUCUUUAUGGCAGCCACCGGAACUCACCUUUCUGAGUUAAGUAUUGUGUACUUACUAUAUUAAAUGACUUGGUGCAACGAGGUGAGGAGAUUAUUUAAUAGCGGUUCAUAAGCUGCGAAGUUUUGACAGAUACCAUUAACGCAAAAGCAUUUUAGAGGGCAUUUAUUACACCAGAACGUCAUUAAGCUGCACUGACUGUUGUAUCUGCUUCCAUCGCACUUGCAGUCUUUACAAAUAAACUCUUGUCCGUGCCAAGUUCCAUUGCCUCUCCCUGCGCUGCCUCCGUGAACACGACAAACACUGACGUUACCACAGACAAUUCCAGGAAAAUUUAAA